CGUGUGUUUCAGUGAUGUUUCUGGUUAACUGCUUGCUCUUUGGCAAUACCGAAGAAGACCAAAGAGGAUCAGAGCUUACUGUAGCACAGGGGAAAUCAGAGAACCCCAGAAGCAUCUCAUGCGACGAGACCGGAGUAAAGCUAUUGAACUGUCAUAAUUCAGUAGUUAAAAUCUCUCCCACAGGAAUGACCGUGGAUGGCAAACACAGCAUGUGCUCAGGACUUUCCAUCUGCUCUGCUGGCUUAAUGAACCAGUUCUUUGAGGUUCCGUUUGACUCAAAUAUGAACAGGACAAAAAACAGACCACUGGUGCGAGGACAGAUCAGCCCCCUGCUCGCCGUCUGUUUUGCUGCCUCCUGCGGAGUCCCGGGAAUCGCCCUGCUGACACUGGGAGUAAACCCUCUCACGGGGGCCCUGGGAGCCUUCAACAUUUUCUUGUAUACGUGUUGUUACACACCCAUGAAGAGAAUGAGCAUUGCCAACACGUGGGUGGGAGCUGUCGUCGGUGCCAUUCCCCCUGUCAUGGGCUGGACUGCGGCUACUGGUAGUCUUGAUGCUGGUGCAUUACUGUUAGGAGGAAUCCUCUAUUCCUGGCAGUUCCCUCACUUCAACGCCCUGAGCUGGGGUCUGCGGGAAGAUUACUCCCGAGGAGGUUACUGUAUGAUGUCCGUCACUCACCCAGGGCUGUGCAGGCGGGUGGCUCUGCGUCACUGCUUGGCCUUAAUCGGACUCUCAACGGCGGCUCCUCUUCUCAACAUCACCACGUGGACUUUCCCCGUCAUUUCACUCCCUAUUAACCUCUACAUCUCCUACCUCGGCUUUCGUUUCUACAGGGAUGCAGACCGCAGCAGCUCCAGGAAGCUCUUCUUCUGCAGUCUGUGGCAUUUGCCAAUGCUGCUGCUUGUCAUGUUCACGUGCAAGAAAUCGUUCCUAGAGAAGGAAGACAAAGGCGAUCUGCUCGGUGGAAAUCAUGGGAGGGCUGUGGAAAUUAGAUUGCCUUAAAUGUCAAUUACUUGUCGUGACACGUCAAGUAGUAUAUUUUAGUAAUUACAAGGGGGAAACCUGUGGGGAUCUGUUUGAAGAAGGAUCAUUUGUGCCUAGCGACCACUUCAUGUGAUAAUUUUCUGUUUUCUUCUGAAAGGGAAUAGACGUGAAAGCUUAAAGCAUUCGUGGGCCUCGGGCUCAUUCACUCACCACGGAUUAAAAUUUAGCCUAUGUCAGAAGCACAUCGCUU